AUGUCCCCUUAUCGUCUAAUCUUUGGGAAGCCAUGUCACCUCCCGGUUGAAUUGGAACAUAAAGCAUAUUGGGCUGUCAAGCAAUGCAAUAUGAAGAUGGAUGAAGUUGGUUCACAAAGAAGAUUGCAACUACAAGAGCUAGAAGAAAUUCGUCUAGAUGCAUAUGAGAAUGCAAGAAUUUACAAAGAAAAGACAAAGAAAUUUCAUGAUAAUAUGAUUUCUAGAAAGAGCUUUUGUAUCGGACAAAAAGUUUUUCUCUAUAAUUCUAGACUCAAAUUAUUUCCAGGUAAGUUGCGUUCUAGAUGGAGUGGUCCUUUUAAUGUCACUAAUGUUUUUUCUCAUGGUGUAGUAGAAAUUCAAAGCCAAGACACUGGAAAGAUGUUCAAAGUUAAUGGUCAACGUCUAAAAUCUUUCUAUGAGGGAUUUCAACUUGAUAAUAUUGCAGAAAUUAACUUGGGGUGUACAAGUUAUACAUAG